AUGCAUUACUUUGCAUUUAUCAGCUUUGAAUUUCAUCAGCAGUUUUCUCUGCCCAAGAAUCUGUUUCAAGAAGUGUUUCUUGUUAGGUAUGUGGAGGAUCUAGCAUGGAGCACUUACUAUAAGAUGCAGCGUUUACCCUAUAUGUACCAAUUAUCAGAUUACAACAUAGUAGAGUUAGAUAAACUGAUAUUCCCUGAAGUUGAAAAAAACCAUCCGGAUCUACUACAGCUUCCCAAUGACCUUGAAUGUGUUUCAAAGGCAGCAGGAACCAACUUUGAAGUUAUGAAGGCAGAGGCAGAUGCCCAUUUAAAGAAACUUUUGAAAAUUGAGCAUAACAUGUCAUCAAUAGAUGAUUUAAAAGCACAGUAUGGAAAAUCUAUUCAAGAAAACCAAGAAAGGAAGGAACAAGCUACAAAGGCAGAGAAAAGAAAGAAACUGCUUGAAGAGGAGGAAGCUAAGCGGCAAAAAGGAGAAUAUGGAAAUAUCAUUCAAAAAGGAGCUGAGAGACCAGAAGCAUGUAUCACUGAUGCCUUAUUAGUAGAUAUAAGGAAAGGCUUUCAGCUAUGGAAAACUACUAGGAACAAGUCUGAGCCAGAAAUUGUUCCCAAAACCUCGCCUACUGAAACUGCUUCUGUUACUUCAGCUUCCAUUACCUGAAGUUACCAGACAGUUACAUUGUUGAAGUGCCUCUCAACAGCUUGCUUCAAGGAACUAGUCUAUAUAUUAUGUGUGCAAGAUGCUGAAAUAUUUGUUUUGAUUUAGUUAAUCAAGUGAGAAAGAUGAGCUUAUUUUAAUGCAAACAUGCAUAUAUGCACUUUCCUAUUAUUUCUUUUGUGCCGUAUUAGUUAGAAUUUUAUAUGAACUAAUUUAAUUACAUGUCUUGUAUUGCCAGUAUUGAAAAGAAUGUCUUUCAUAUCGGACUGUCUAAUGACAAGUGUAAGUAACACACAUCUGGUGGUAACUUAUAUUCAUAUUAUUUUUAUACAAAAACUAGUAGCAGAAAGUAAAAUUCCAUUAAAUUGAUGAAAAGCAAUACAGAGUUCAGUGUAUGGUACAGAAGUUCCACUGAAUUAUAAGGGCCUGUCCUGCCGUCUUUGUGCUCUCAAACCAGCCACUGACUUCUGGAGCUGCAGAAGCAGACCCCAAAACCAGUUUCUUAAGGAGUGCUAAGUUUUAAUGAGGGCCAAAUUCUCCAGCCCUUAGGCAAAAUUCCAAUUGUCUUCAGCAAGAAAGGACUUCAGCAUUUGGUCCUUAAAUAAUAAACUCACAGAUGUCAAAAUGGUCCGCAUCAAUUGGAGAAGUGUGACUAAUUGUCCACCCUUAUCUACUACUUACAAUGGUGGAAGAAUCCAAGCUGCAAGUAAAACCAGUUGAAGGGAAAUGUAGUUUUGUUGUUUGCUUCUUGUUUCCUCUUUGAUCAUUGAUUUGCAGUGAUAAAGUGUAAUUGUGGUGAAAAAGUACAAAGAAUAGGCUGCAGGAAACAAGACACAGAAACUGAGUGUCUGAUAAUUAGUACUUUGAAAUAUACUGUAAAAUAGAAUAUUGACUGUUUAUUAAUGGAGCAUUGUUUAA